UACAUUUACAUUGGAUGUCCAUAGGUUGUUGCCCAGUAACCAAGUCAAAGGUUCCUUGGAGACGGGAGGAGAAUCGGUUUGAGAGGUAUGAUAAAACUGCCCAGAUGGAAUGGUGCGCAGACUCAUUACGACGAAUUGCCUAAUUCUGUACCCACGUGUGAUGUCCUAUGUCACGUGUUCCUUUCAGCUCCUCCCUUCUGCAGUCACAUUCUUAACAAGUCCUGAAAAUACCAGCAGUAUCAGAAUCUUCUCGGCACAGAACAAUUAUGUGUCCAAGCAGUACAAAAUAGAUCAUGAUCACCGCCGCGUUGUUGCUGUUAAUCGCGGUCGUGAAGGACCAGAGUGAAAACGUUCAAGCUUGGCCAGCGAGACCUCGAAUAAAAAGUGACCGAACGGAUAACGUCUAUCUAUCAGAUGAACCGGUCAAAUUAACUUGUUGGACUACUGCUCCGGCAUGUUCCGCUGGCACCUUUCACCUGUACAGCAACCAACGAGAAAUAGAGCAAGCGCCAACAGAGCGAAAGAGCGCGACGUUCACCAUCGCGAAUGGAGGUGAUGCAUCAGGCAUAUACAGUUGUUUAUACACGUGCACGGUGUCUGGUAGAGACAUUACCUCAGAAGAAAGCGACAAGAUAGAGAUAACAGUGGUGGCUCGGCCAGCGAGACCUCGAAUAAAAAGUGACCGAACGGAUAAAGUCUAUCUAUCAGAUGAACCGGUCAAAUUAACUUGUGCGACUACUGCUCCAGCAUGUUCCGCUGGCACCUUUCACCUGUACAGCAACCAACGAGAAAUAAAGCAAGCGCCAACAGAGCGAAAGAGCACGACGUUCACCAUCGCGAAUGGAGGUGAUGCAUCGGGCAUAUACAGUUGUUUAUACACGUGCACGGUGUCCGGUAGAGGCAUUACCUCAGAAGAAAGCGACAAGAUAGAGAUAACAGUGGUGGCUCGGCCAGCGAGACCUGAAAUAAAAAGUGACCGAUCGGAUAAAGUCUACCUGUCAGGUGAAUCGGUCAAAUUAACCUGUUGGAUAACUGGUUCUACAUGUUCCGAUGGCACCUUUUACCUGUACCAGAACCUACAACCAGUAAAGCAAGCGCCAUCACAGCGAAAGAGCACGAUGUUCACCAUCGCAAUGGGAGGAACAUACAGUUGUUCAUACGCGUGCACGGUGUCCGGUAGAAGAAAACUCUCAGGAGAAAGCGAAAGAAUAGAGAUAACAGUCGUGGCUCAGCCAGCGAGACCUCGAAUAAAAAGUGACCGAGUGAAUAAAGUCUACCAGUCAGAUGAAUCGGUCAGGUUAACUUGUUGGAUAACUAGUCGGGCACAUUCCGUUGGCACCUUUCACCUGUACAGAAACCGACAAGCAUUACAGCACGUGCCAGCACAGCGAAACACCGCGACGUUCACCAUCGAGAAUGGAGGUGAUGCAUUGAGCAUAUACAGUUGUUUUUACACGUACAUUCUGUCCGGUAGAAGCAUAUCCUCAGACGAAAGCGACAGAAUACAGAUAAAAGUCGUGGAUUUGCCCAGACCAAGCAUAUCAGUAGCCUCCAGUCAUGUUUCUCAAGGUGAAAACGUUACAUUUAAAUGCACAUUUAUGAAAAAUAUCUCGACUGGAACUUUCUACUUAUACAAGAACGGCGUUCGAUUGAAUGACUCGGUUCCCCAGAGUGCUGAUGCACAGAACAAAUCAACAACUUUCACCAUCCGGAAUGUAGAUACAGUAGAUAGUGGAAAUUACGCAUGUGUAUAUAUAUUACUGGAUGGAGGCAGGCAUGUAAUGUCAGCGCCCAGUGAUGCUGUGCUUCUCUCUGUAAGCGUAAAUUCGAUUCUGCCGUGGAUUCCAAUUAUACCUGUCGUGACCCUAAUCUUAAUGCUUCGAGUAUUGGGCGUUUACUGCUGGAUACAAGGGAAGUGCAGAGGUCACGGAGACUGGAGUACCGCUCCUCCUCCUAAAGACGGUCCCAAUGACAAUAUCGUACUUGCUGAUCUUAAGGUAAUACCACGAAAGAAGAAACAAAGAGGCAAGAAAGAAAGCUUUGAAACCCAAGAAGAUGAUAGGACGCUCUCUGCAAAUGUCGAGCUGUAGAAGGGGCAAUGGGUUCCUGGUGCCUGGGGUCGUCUCGGAGUCCGUGAUUUACAGUUCCAACUCAAACUACGGUUUUUCUUGAGUGGUGUGUUCUCGCUAUUGGAUCUCGCCGAACAGCCUGGCGUUUUGACGUUUCCUGGUGCGUCCUUGAAGACGACACCAUUCUUCACCGAAAUCGCCGGAUAAUUAAUGCUUCGCAGGAUAUUGAAAUACAAAGACAGUGGGCAUUGUGGGUAGCCAUCUGCGGACCCUGCAUUCGAGCAAUCUCUCUCUCUCUCUCUCUCUCUCUCUCUCUCUCUCUCUCUCUCUCUCUCUCUCUCUCUCUCUCUCUCUCUCUCUCUCUCUCUCUCUUCUCACUCUCACUCUCUUUCUCUAUUUCGGUGGAGAGUGAGAGUCUCUUGGUCUUCCAGUCGGGAGGCUCGGACAAGUGACGUGGCGGAUAGCAACUUCGAUGCAGUGAGCUGUUGUUAUUCACUCUCUUCGAGGCAGAAGCGAUCUCUCUCUCUCCCUCUCCCUCCCUUGCUAGUGUGUGUGUGUGUGUGAGAGAGAGAGAGAGAGGGGGUGGGAGGGAGGGAGGGAGAUAGAUAGAGAGAGAGAGAGAGAGAGAGUCUGUCUGAGAUGUCGUAGUCUCUGAAUGGAGAAUAGCUUUUGAUGAACCUGGAUCAUGGUCUCCGGGAGCUUUACUAUUGCUUUAAUGGUGUGUGGUAGUUGGUUAAUGAUGGUUCAGGAGCAAUUAGAGGGAGGCAGGAGGGUUGAAUAUUAUGCUGCAGCUUGUGCGUGGUAGGGGGUGGAGGGAGGCUUUGGGGUUGUAACUUUUUCUGUUGUUCAUUCUUUGGGUUGUCCCUCUGUUUUGUGGAUGUCUGUGAAGAGUAAGGAUUUCAGCUUGAAUAAUGUCUAUAUUCCCUGAUAUUAAAUUCAACCAUUGAUUCCUUUCAUACCUGCAUUGCUCAGUCUCAAAAAGUUGUUUGUUUUUUGAGUUUGUUUAUUAAAGCAAGCUUUUAGUGAAUUACGUUUGCCUCUUGAUUGUGCGUGUGUAAUUAAUCUGAUUGAGUUAGACUGCUGGAGGAACCUAUAGUGUGUUGGGUAGCUUCUGGGUCAUCAUGACAUUUUCAGCAUUUAUCAUUUUCAAUUUGUUGGUCUUUAAUUAUGUAUUUUUAAUUUUUUUGUGCGUUAACAACCUAGUCUACUAUUGGUCAUAAGGAACUGUUCUAUUUCAAGGAAGAGGUCACCAGCUGUGGGCUAGGCUUCCUUGCCAACAUCUAGUUUGUUCAGUUCGUGGUGAUGUAUUUCAUGGACGGCCAUGCUCUUCCAUUGGUUAACUUUUUCUUCAUUUUUCUGGUUUGUGUCUUCAUUUAUGUUUGGUAGUGUGUACUUUGUUUAU